AUGGCCGCAUUCAUCGCCAGCUCGGACUCUGGCCACUCUAGUGACUCUGGCGCCAUCAGCAACCGCAGCGAGCGCAAAGAAGUAAACCAAAAUGGAUCCAGGAAGCGCCGCAGACUCUCACCCACCGGAUCAGAAGACUCGGACUCAGAGCCAGAAACUGCACAGACCCAAAAAACUGCUCCCAUGGCUACAACCUCUCGCAUCCAACCAUCCAUCUCCCGCAUCAAGGCCAAAACCACCACAUCUGCUACCGUACCUGCACCAACGACAUCCUCAACCAUCGCCGCAGCCCAAAAGGGCAAUGAAAAGUCCACAUUUGCAGAUCUAAACGUAUCCCCCUGGUUGGUCUCUUCCCUCGCCAACAUGGCCAUCAAAAACCCCACUCGCAUCCAAUCCGCCGCCAUCCCCGAAAUCCUCUCUGGACGCGACUGCAUCGGCGGCAGCAGAACCGGAUCAGGAAAGACCGUUGCUUUUGCCGUGCCAAUCCUGCAACAAUGGUCCAAAGACCCCUUUGGCAUUUUUGGGGUCGUGUUGACGCCAACUCGUGAACUUGCUUUGCAGAUUUUCGAACAGUUCAAGGCGAUUGGCGCAGUGCAGAAUCUAAAAGUUUGCUUGGUGACGGGAGGAAGUGAUAUGAGGGCUCAAGCUAUCGAAUUGGCAAAGAGACCGCAUGUGGUUAUUGCAACGCCAGGUAGACUUGCAGAUCAUAUCAACAGUAGUGGUGAAGAGAGUAUUGCUGGAUUGAGACGAGUUAAAUUCGUGGUAUUGGAUGAGGCCGAUAGAUUGUUGGCUGCGGGCAAGGGAAGUAUGUUGCCUGAUCUGGGUGUUUGUAUGGAGGUGCUGCCCGAGUCGAGUAAGAGACAGACUUGUCUGUUUACUGCUACUGUUACGGCAGAGGUUAGAGCACUGCAGGACAGACCCAGGGCAAAGGGUAAACCUCCCGUUGCCGUGUGUGAGGUUGACCUGGACACCCUCGCCAUCCCAGACACCCUACACCAAACCUACUGCCUAGUCAACGUCGUGCACAAGGAAAAAUACCUACACGUACUCCUCCAAACCGAUCAAAACGUCUCCAAACCAACCAUCAUCUUCGUCAACCGCACCUCCACGGCAAAUCUACUCGAGCAUCUUCUCCGCAGCCUCUCUCACCGCGUCACCUCUUUGCAUUCUGGCCUCCAACAAUCAGACCGCACCAACAAUCUCGCUCGCUUCCGCGCAAACGCCGCUCGCAUUUUGGUCUGCACCGACAUCGCGGCCAGAGGUUUGGAUAUCCCCUCUGUGGCUUUGGUCAUCAACUACGACUUGCCACGCGAUCCAGACGAUUACGUGCACAGGGUGGGAAGAACAGCCAGAGCAGGACGCAAAGGUAUGUCGGUGAGUUUGGUGGGGCAGAGGGAUGUAGGGCUAGUGCAGGCUAUUGAGGAAAGAGUGGGUAGACAGAUGGAGGAGUAUGAGGAGGAGGGUGUUAACGUGGAGAGUAGGGUUGUCAGGGAUGCGUUGAAUGUGGUGGGUGAUAAGAAGAGGGAGGCCUUGUUGGCUAUCGAGGAAGGCAGAGAUGUCAAGGGUAAGAGGAGGAAGGGAAACAGAGCUGCUGGUAAGUAA